CGGAGUUGACCAUGCGAUUUGGGGGACUUCCGGACGAAAGCACGGCGUAAACAAUCCGAUCGCCGGCGGCGGACGACGCUGUGGCCCCCACGCAUGCAGAUGCAGCCAGUGGCGCCGCGGGGGCCAGCUGCACAUUGUGGUGGGGCACAGUGGUUGUGAUCAGCCUGGUGCUCGCCCUGACCACACUGACGACGCUCCUCCGGCCGGCCUCAGUUUCAGCCUCAGCCCUCGCGGUGCCAAUGCCGGGAUCAGGUGGUCUCCGUUCCCAUAUCUUGCAGCAGGAUCAGCGGGCUUCCAACGGAAACGUAGCACACCUAUGGGCGUCUGUUGUUGAGAAAUUAAAUCGAAUCCACGAAGAGCAGCUGAGACGAAGCGGUGACAAGUGUGUGAAAUGCCAGACAAGCGAUUCGAUAGGCAAAUCAAUUCAAUUAUCGAAUGCAACUGGAAGCGACGGCGAAAGUGAAAGUGCCAACGAAGGUAGUGCGCAGGUGGUGCAAGGUGCUGUAAAUAGUGGUAGUGCAAUUUUGUGCAGUGUAAAUAGUGCAAAUAAUACGCGUAAGUUAAAUUUAAUUCUGGGCAAGUCGCAGCAGCGAGGGGAGCAAUUCGUUGUUGGCACAAAUUUGCAAAAUAAAUUACCAGCAUCGAGUGCGGAUUGCCACUUAAGUCCAAGUGCCGAGACAAAUAUUCGUACAACCCCACCGCGAUCCCCUUUCUACCCCUCCCCCUCCCCCUCCGCGCCGUGUCCAUAUAGUAGUCGUCAUCGUCAUCGCCAGCAUCAUCAUCAUUAUCAUCAUUAUUAUCGUCAUCGCCAUCAUUAUCGUCAUCGUGGUUGUCGUUGUCGUUGUCGUUGUCGCGACGCGUCGCAGUCUGCAUCCGCAUCGCCCGCGUCUAUGCUCUUGCCAUAUCAAAUUAAUCAACGUGCUACAUUGUUGCAGCAAUCUGCAGCAGCAACAGCAAAAUCAACAUCAACAGCAACAUCAACUACAUUACCACAUGUGCCCGGGGCAACAACGACAACAACAACAACAACAGCAACAUCUCUGCGUGCCGUACCUCGUAUUUUUAAACGCAAACGUGAUACGGUCCAAACGGCAACCACUGCAUCACCUUUGACCCCGCAGCAACAUCCAACAGUCGCAGCAGCAACAUCAACAACAUCCACAACAUCCACAACAACCACAACAACCACGCGGAGAUCGCGACUGGAGUUCAUACUUUACACGGAAGUUUAUGAAGUAGAGAAGGAUUCGGUUUCCCCCGGCGAUUCCCAUUCAAAAUUGAACGUGGGCAGCAACGAAUCCUUCUGGCAGAAAUACGGUCGCUUGUUGCUAAUCGCCAUUAGUUUAUCCGUGUGCCUGGCCUGUGGCAGUGUGUUGGUGGCCGCGAUUGCCCUGCGCCGCUCAGCCAACGCAACAGCAACACUAGCAGCAGCAGCAGCAGCAGCAGCAGCGGAAGCAACAUCAACAGGGGCAACAUCAACCGCAGCAACAACGCGCAGGAUACGGCACAAACGUCGCUCGUCGCAACGACGGCGCAGCAACAACAACGCGGUGCUGUCAUCUGGGAUUGGGAUUGGCAUCGGGAUCGGGCUUGGACUGGAAACCAACUCGGCUCUGGCCCUGCCACUAGCAACACCAUCAACAUCGGGCUCCACAGCAGCGGAUCAGACAGCAGUAGCCGUAGCCGCUGCCGCUGCCUCAGCAGCAGCAACAACAACAGCAACAGUAUCGUCAGCAGCAGUAACAGAAACAACAACACUUUUGCCAACCGAGCCGGAACAUUCUGUACCCAUGCUAUCGGUACAGACGGCCGGCUGCGCGGGAAUGGAGCGGCUCGGCGUUCCGACCCGCACAUCUUUGAGCACACCACCCGAUGAUAGGGAUCAAUUUAGAUGUAGAAUGCGCGUGGAUGCGCUCCAGGCACGUGAGCUUCUGGCUGUACGUGGCGAGACUGUGAUUCGUGGCGCCGGCAACAAUCAGCACCAGCAACUUCAGCAGCAACACCAUCUCCAUCACAGCAGCAUCAGCAGUAGUAGCAGCAGCAGCAGCAGCAGCAACAAGCAACAACAUUCCCACCACCAGCAACAACGCAUGACAACUCCAAGCACGCACAACUCCGGCGGAGGAGGAGGAGGAGGAGGCGGUGACCACCACCACCAUCUGAGCGGCAGCAGCAACAACAACAAUAGUAUUAGCAGUAAUGUGGCGAGAGGCGGCAUUGAAGCCACCACCCUCAAGUACGGGAACACGGGCAGCGGGAGCGGGAGUGGUUGCUACAAGGGCGACUGCGGCAACUCCUCAUCCGGAUCCUCGUGCAGCUCGCUGCAGAGCCACAGCAACGACCACCACCAACAUUACCAGUACCAGCUGCAGCAGCAGCAGACGCCCCGCUGUCCCCAUCACGUACCACUGCCGGACAGCGAGUACGGACAGGAUCGACACCUGCAGAUCAGGAGCAGCUAUCAGCAAUCGGAGAUCACUAGAUCGUACACUAAGCCGCCGCCCAACAAGACGGUGCGGGAUGUGCCCGAGCAGAUCUCGGCGGGCGGCUGCGGCAUCUCCAGCUCCAGCUACCGUCUCACCACGCUCCAGGCCGCCUCCUCCACGUACACACCCGCGGGCGUGACAGUGUCCGCCUCCUCAUCGUCCAGCAAGUCCAAGCCGAAUGCCAUAACCAAGUUCUUCUCACGGAUCAGUUCGCCCAAGUCGCCGCCGCAGAGCUGUACGAUGUCCUCGGUGGCCGCUCCAUCCCCACCAUCGUCCGUGUCCGUGUCCAUGUCGUCGUCUGCGUCCUCGCUAGCCUCCUCCGCCUGUGUGUCCACCUCGUCGUCGGCCUCUUCGCUGGCCGCUGCCCCGUUGCCGACGCUGCCGGUGUCCAAUGCAUCGCUGCUGAAGAGCACGGCCUGCGGCUAUGGGACAAAUCCCAGCGGGACGCAAUUGCUGACCAGCCUGGGAACCGGAACGAGCGGCAACUGUAGCCCCGAACGGAUACCCACACCGCCGCUGUCCGUCUCCGUGCCAAUCGGAGCUGGCCUGCAGCCGCUGAGGAGCAGCAGCAGCGGGAGUAGCACCAGUUCCGUCAGCCUAGCCGCCGUCGAGACAGCCACAGCAGCAACAGCAACAGCCACCACUCAGUCUUCGUCUUCCUUUGCCGCCGGAGCGACGGGAGAUCGGGAUCUCCCGCUGACCACGAUGAGCCGCAAUAAUUCCAACUCUAGCAUGAUGAGCUGCCACUGCAGCUGCAAUAGCCGGAAUUGCAGCCACUGUGCGGCCAACUCAUAACUGAGCUCGUGUUAAGUUUAACUACAUUAAAUAUCGGCGGUGGUGCAGAAACCACUGGAGAUUUUCCAACAUAAGUUAUGUUUUAAGUGUUCACUAGCUCUGCUAUAAAGUAAAAUACUAAAUGAUUUGCUCUUCACCAAAACAAACGACAUUUAAAGUUUAGGAAAGAGUAGGUUCCAGGCUAGUUAGAAAAGUUUUAAUAGAUGCAAGAGUCAUAAUAAAAAGGAUAUUUAGAAUGAUACCAUUAGAAAAAGAUUUAUAAACGUUUUUGUUUGAAUUGUUUUAUACCAAUCUUAAGAUCAAAAAUACUGAACAUCGUCUUUGGUUUCUUAUUAAAUGUUUCACAAUUAAUUUGUAACUUAGUCUUGCCUAUUUAACUUCCAUUUUUAUUUUAAUCCAAUGCCAGAGCAAGCAUCAUUUUAAAAGAUUUCCAACUAUUGUUAUAGAAUCUCCAGAGAUUUUUGCGGCACCUCAAUAUAUAUAUAUAUAUAUAUAUAUACAUAUAUAUAUAUAUAUAUAUAU